AUGGAGACCCCAGCGAUCUUCACAGCCAGGAAGAAGGCCAUGACUGGAGAAGUUGGAGUGCAAGCUGCUCGAGAUGCGGAGGAACUGGAGCGAAUGGAGGGCCUUUUCAAGAAGCACGAAAUGGGUGAUAUUCCCAGAAUCGACUGGCUCGAUCAACUGGUGUUCCGCGACUUUGAGAACCGCGGCCUUAAAGCGGCAGAAUCCUCCUUGCAGAUGCUGCAGCGACGACGACGACUCGACAAGCUCAAAACUGAGGGCACAGACCUUGCAGAAUAUAAAAACAGCGAAUACUCGAGCCCGCCAGCGUUUGUAUUGAAUGUGGAACUCCCGAAAUUUGACUUUCCGGUUGUUUUUGCAGACCAUGAGUAUGAUGUUCCCCCAAUAUCUGCACAUGCACCGGUGCACAUUCAUCAACCGGGUCAGCACCACCACCAAGCGCCCGAGGUUCAAUUUGGGCCCGGUAUCAAUGCUGUUGAUGACAACGCCAACAUCCCUGACAUUAGACUUGAGCCGGAUAAGGCCGUGUUGAAAGUGCGGGAACGCUUCCAUCUGGAGCUGAACGAGGAGGAAGCAAUGUUGUCACUUGGGAGGAUCAUCGAUGACGCCCUGGCAUCUUACGCCCCGGUAGUGAUUGACAAAUUGCACGAGUGGGCUCAGGCAUUGAGAAAUUGA